AAACAGCCCUCGACGCAGUGGUCCGGCUUGAUUUUAUAUAAAAAUUGAAGCUACACAAAGGCAGCACUUAGUCUGGUUCAGUCAGUGGGGGCUGCCAAGUGUAACAGUCACUCACACUCACACACACACACACACACACACACACUGGAAAGGUGUGUCAGCAACUGACCGGCAACUGCAGCAUCCAAGAAGCAGCAACAACAACAGCAGCUGGAGCAUUAAUCACUGUGAAACACCAAAAAUAUUGCUGACAACUGUUAACUGUAGGCUGUUAACUGAUUGCUGAUAAGAUCGAUAGCAACAUGAAUCAUCGAUCGCUGCUGCUCUGGAUGCUGUUUGGCUCGCUGCUGGCCUUGGCCGUGGCGGAGGGCAACUCAAACGCCUCAUUGAUCUGGAAUGUCUUGGGCGAUCAGAGGGAUGUGAAUGACAUUCCGGUGCGGUAUGAUGACACGGAAUUGUGGCGUAUUCACAACAUUAGCGAUGCAUUGCUCCGGACCGUACCCGUCGCCGAGAUAAUGGAGCAAAAGUUUGGCGCCAACAUUUGGAAGGAAAAUCCCGAUUAUUUGGACCUGUCCAUUACCAAGGCGCAAGCGAAUGCCGCACGCAGUUUCCUCAACGCCCAUCGGAUGGACACUGAGGUACUGGCCAGAAACGUCCAGGAUCUCAUCGAUGAAGAGCAACUGGAAGGUAUUAGAGCCACCCAGUCAAAACUAGGACGCCGCACAAGGAAAGCCUUAAACAGUGGCAGCGAAAUGAACUGGAAUGAUUACCAGUCUCUGGAAACCAUAUAUAAUUAUAUGCGCGAAAUACGGGCAAAAUAUCCAAACAUCUGUCGUCUCUACACCAUUGGAUAUACGUAUGGAAGACGCGAAUUGAAAGUCUUGCGCAUCUCGGAGAAUCCGCGCGACAACAAAAAGAUUUGGAUCGAUGGUGGCAUCCAUGCACGUGAGUGGAUCAGUCCCGCAACGGUGACCUUCAUACUUUCUAAGCUGAUGCAAGACUGGGAGCAUCAGCCAAGGUAUAUUCGCGAGCGGACUUGGUACAUAAUGCCAGUCAUGAAUCCGGAUGGCUAUGAAUAUAGCCGCACGGUGAAUCGACUGUGGCGAAAGAAUCGUUCGCCAUCGGUGCGAGCCAAUUGCUUUGGCGUCGAUUUGAAUCGCAAUUUCGAUAUUGGCUGGACUAGCCCGGGUUCCUCGAAGGAUCCAUGCAGCGAUAUCUACCGUGGCUCUGCACCCAACUCUGAGCUCGAGACGAAGGCGGUGGCCGAGUUUCUGAGCAAGCGCAAAUACAAUUUGGAAGCGUAUCUAACCUAUCACAGCUACGGCCAGCUGAUCGUCUAUCCGUGGGCCUUCAAGGCGGUCAAGGUGAAGGAUUCGAAUGUCCUGCAACGCGUCGCUAACACUGCUGCCGAACGCAUCAUUCAAAAGACUGGCACCCCCUACAAGGCAGCCGUCACCCACGAGGUCCUUGGCGUUGCGGGCGGCGGCUCUGAUGACUGGAGCCGUGCCGUGCUGGGCGUGAAAUAUGUCUACACCGUUGAGUUGCGCGAUCGUGGCCAGAACGGCUUUGUCCUGCCACCCAAGUACAUCAAGGACACGGCGGUCGAGGGAUGGACUGUGGCCGAGACAGUUGCCCAGGCCAUUGGCUAACCAGGGGUAUUCCCCUCUGCAGCUACGAUCUAUAAGUGUGUGAGUGCGCCUGUCUGUGUGAAUGCUUAUUUAUGUAUGCAUGUACAUUGUACAUAUGUAAAAGAUAAAG